AUGUCUACCGAUACUCUCGUUUCUACCUCAUCCACUCAACCUCCCACAAGCACUGCCACCGCCGAACCAAGCUCUAAAAUCAUAGUACGAGAUUAUGCGUAUACACCUGUGAAAGUAUAUGAGAUCAUCCCGGGAAAACAAUCGCCACUUUUACCUUCGCCUUCAUCUUCAUCGUCCUCAACGGACUCUUCGAAGUUGCUCACACCUACGACCAAGGAGAUUCCAAUGAUUGGCUUAGCGAGACAAGGAGAAAAUGUUGUAGUCUGUGAAUCACCGGAAUGUUCAGACGACGAAGAUGGGAUGGUAUGGAUGAAUAAGGAAGGGUCUGGCAAGGAACAUACAUGA